AUGCCGCUAGUUCGCAACCCCAUCCUGCCCGGCUUCAACGCCGAUCCGUCCAUUGUGCGCGUCGGCCAGGACUACUACAUCGCCACGUCCACGUUUGAAUGGUUUCCUGGCGUGCAGAUCCAUCACUCGCGCGAUCUCGCAAACUGGGACCUCGCAUGCCGUCCGCUUACGCGCAAGGCGCAGCUUGACAUGCGCGGCAACCCGGACAGUUGCGGCAUCUGGGCGCCGUGCCUGAGCCACGACGGCGAGCGCUUCUGGCUCGUAUACACGGACGUCAAGCGCAAGGACGGCUCCUUCAAGGACUGCUACAACUACAUCGUCACGGCGCCGACCAUCGAUGGCCCGUGGUCGGACCCGGUCCUCGUCAAUGGCUCUGGCUUUGACCCUUCAUUGUUCCAUGACGAGGACGGCCGCAAGUGGUUCGUUAAUAUGCUCUGGGACCACCGACAGCGCCCGCACUACUUUGCUGGCAUCGCGCUUCAGGAAUACGAUCCGGGACGGGGCAAGCUCGUUGGCCCCCGCAAGAACAUUUAUCGCGGCACCGACCUCGGUCUUGUCGAAGGUCCGCACCUUUAUAAGCGCGGCGAGUGGUACUACCUGCUCACGGCCGAGGGCGGCACGGCGUAUGACCACGCGUGCACUUUGGCUCGGUCCAAGGACAUUUGGGGCCCGUACGAAACGCACCCACAGAAACACAUCGUCACAUCCAAGAACGCGCCCUUUGCGGCACUGCAGCGGUCCGGGCAUGGAGACAUUGUCGAGACACCCGAGGGACGGACAUAUCUGGUGCAUCUUGGCGGCCGUCCCACCGGCCAGGAGAGGCGCUGCGUUCUCGGGCGCGAGACCAACAUCCAGGAGGCCGCCUGGGCGGACGACGGGUGGCUGUACGUCAAGAACGGACCCGUGCCGUCGCUGCACGUCGACGUCCCCGGCGCUCGUGACGACGCCCCUUACUGGGCCCGGCAGCGAUACACGUUCACGGUUGACGGUGAGCUGCACAAGGACUUUCAGUGGCUGCGCACGCCAGAGCCUGAGCGCAUUCUCGCCGUGCGAGGCGGACAGCUGGUGCUCAAGGGGCGCGAGGCGAUCGGCUCGUGGUUCGAGCAGGCCCUCGUGGCGCGACGGCAGACGCACUUUUCCUACGACGCCGAGACCGUCGUCGACUUUGCGCCGCGCGACGAGCGCGCGUUUGCUGGGCUGACGGCGUACUACUCGCGCUUCAACUUCUUCUACCUGACCGUGACGGCCGACGAGCACGGCGCGCGGGAGCUCGCCAUCAUGAGCUCCGAAGAGUCAUGGCCGGACGGCGACCUGGCAAGCUUUGCCGGCCGCGUUGUCGCGCUGCCGGGCGCGGGCAAGGUGAAGCUCGCGCUCUCGGUCCGCGGCCGCGAGCUGCAGUUUUACUACGCCGUUCCGGGUCAGGAUGAGGAGGGCAAGCUGCACAAGAUUGGCCCCGUGCUGGAUGCGUCGAUUGUGUCGGACGAGUGUGGCGGGCACCAAGCGCAUGGGAGCUUCACGGGUGCCUUUGUGGGAGUCGCGUGCUCAGACUUGAAUGGGGAGGCGACGGAGGCGCGGUUUGACUACUUUACAUAUCGACCUGUGCAACAUGUCACGGACCGGUACGAGGUGUAG